UAAGAGGUGAGGAAACUACUUAAAAAAUGAGCCUCAUUCACAUAUUCUCCACUACCUUAUCCACACUUACAUCAUAUCUCUCCCAUACAAACUCCUCCUCUCAUUCAAUUCCCCAUCAUCCCAAUUUUCUUGCAUCAAACAAAGAGUGCAAGCAAAAUGGCAACGGCUAUAUCUCCGGUGACGGCAGUGGCGGCGGUGGUGGGCCCCAGCAGGCCAUCCGUGGGCCGAACCAGAGUGAGGUACAUCAACGGGCUCAACUCAUUCGGAGGGCUCAAGGCACACAACCACGUGGCAUCAUUAGGCCUUUCGGUCACCAGCGACCAGUCUUUUGCAAAGAUAGUUAGCUCUUUGAAACAGCAGGGGAGAAAGAGCAGCAGCGGCGGCGGCGCUCUCACCUCCACCUGCAGUAAUGUCGCGGAGAUCUUCCGGAUCGCCGCCAUCAUGAACGGCAUCACUCUCGUUGGCGUCGCCAUCGGCUUCGUCCUCCUCCGGAUCGAAGCCUUCGUCGAGGAAGAAUGAUCAAUCAACAAGGUGUUUGUUGUACACACACAGCCUAUCUAUAUUAUCUUGUCCUUUUUCAAUUGCAUCUCCUUUUAUUUGCAAUGUACAACUGAUUCCAUUAUUUUACAUAAUACAUUGAGUUGUAUA